UUAUGCUUUCUCCUCAGAAAUAUGUUUUGUUCCUGGUCAUCUGCUGCCAGACUUGACGGUAAAACCGUUUUAAUUACUGGAGCCAAUACUGGAAUUGGAAAAGAGACAGCUAUUGACCUGGCAAAGAGAGGAGCACGAAUCAUCAUGGCAUGCAGAGAUAUGGAGAAAGCUGAAGCAGCGCUAAAGGAAGUUAAAGAUUCUUCUGGAAACCAGGAUGUUUUUAUUAGCAGUCUUGACCUUUCAGACUCCAAAUCAAUCCGAGGAUUUGCAGAGAAAAUCAACAAAGAGGAGAAACAAGUCAACAUCUUAAUCAACAACGCCGGUGUGAUGGUUUGUCCUUACGGAAAGACAGCCGAUGGUUUUGAAAUGCAAAUAGGAGUGAAUCACAUGGGUCACUUCCUGCUGACGUACCUGUUAUUGGAUUUGAUAAAGAGAUCAGCGCCAGCGAGGAUCAUUAAUGUCUCCUCCACAGCACAUCAAUGGGGGACCAUAAACCUAGAGGACAUCAACAGUGAGAAGAAUUAUGAUAAGCAGAAAGCCUACUGUCAGAGCAAACUGGCAAACGUUCUGUUCACUCGCUCCCUGGCCAAAAGACUAGAAGGUACUGGAGUAACAGCGUACUCUCUUCAUCCGGGUGUGGUUCAGACUGACCUGUGGAGGCACUUGAGUAAACCUCAACAAGCCGUCAUGUGGUUCACAAAGCCUUUCACAAAGACAUCAGUGCAGGGAGCUCAGACCUCCAUCUACUGCGCCGUCGAUCCAGAACUGCAGACAGAGAGCGGCAAAUAUUACAGUGACUGUGCUCCUGCUAAAGCUGCGAAGGCUGCGAUGGAUGAUGAAGUGGCUCAGCGGCUCUGGGAGCUCAGCUGCAGGAUGCUCAACAUCACAUGGGAAUGAGAACUUUUCUUUUCUGAUCAUGAUUUAAGCAUUAUUUACGUCUGCUCGAGACUGACCAAUCAGUCAAAACAGAAAUACUAAUAGUUUAUUCAUUCUUAAACAUUCUCUAAUAAAUAGACUACUAAUGAUAAACCCAUAGGAUGGGCUCAAAACAUUAUGCACAAUUUAUAAUGUAUAUUUUGCUCUGAGUGAGUUCAUUUCAUAAACAAAACUUCAGGUACAUUUUAUUGCACUGCGAAUUUAGACUUCUGUGUAUUUCAUGUAUUUUUGAAUACGUUUAAUUAAACAUUUGCAAUAAAUACUUUUGUACGAC